CUGAGCUCCCUGCACACUGACCUACACACAGAGAUCUACUGAGCAGAGCCUGCCGGCUGACGUCCUUCUCUGCCUGGGCCAUGUUGUGGACGCGAUCACUUCUGGCUUGUCUUCUCAUUCAUCUGUCUCUUUCUCAGUCUCCAAAAGUGCAGUAUGUUCUGCUGGUCCCUUCUGUUCUACAAGAAAGCUCUUUGGAUAAAGUCUGUGCCCAGCUUUUCAACCUGACUGAAUCUGUUGUUUUGACUGUCUCCCUCAACUAUGGUGAGGUCCUGACCACGAUAUUUAAAGAGAAUGUUACAGGAGAAAAUUUCUUCAAAUGUACCAACUUUGAGGUUCCUCAGGCUGGGUUGGAUCCAUUAGCUUUCAUCACAUUCUCCGCUGAGGGAGCCACUGUCCACCUGGAAGAGAGAAGGUCUGUGGCAAUCAGGCCCAAGGAGAAUGUGGUCUUUGUGCAGACAGACAAACCCAUCUACAAGCCUGCACAGGAAGUGUUGUUCCGAAUUGUGUCUCUGGACGAUGAUUUGAAGCCUGCUAAAGAAGUGUAUCCGAUGAUCACCCUCAUGGACCCGCACGGCAAUCACAUCCAGCGGUGGGUGAAUGAGAAGUCUGAGACUGGCAUCGUGCAGCGCUCAUUCCAGUUAAUCCCAGAGCCCAUCCUGGGCUGGUACACAAUAACCGUGGAGACGGCGUCUAAGAGGAAGGCAUUCCACUCCUUCUCAGUGGAAGAAUAUGUGCUACCCAAAUUUCAACUGACUUUGGAUGCACCAGACACUGUCUUAGUUGUGGACUCCGAAUUCAAAGUUAAUGCCUGCGCCUCGUACACCUAUGGCAAACCUAUGGAGGGCAACGUGUAUCUCAGAGUGUGCAGAAAAUCUACUUUUGCUGGUGAUUGCACACAUCUCAAAUCAAUCUGUAAAAAUGUUACUGUUCAGCUGGGGAAAGAUGGCUGCAUGUCCCAGCUUAUUAGCACGGAUGCUUUCGAGUUCAAUCGGGAAGGGUACCUGAGUUACCUUGAAGUGCAAGCUGUCCUCACAGAGAGCGAAAAAGGUGUUGCGCUCACAGAAAACAGCUACAUAUUCAUAGACACAUCGAUGGUGAAGAUGAGUUUUGAGAAUAUGGAUCCAUUCUACAGACAAGGACUCCCUUACUCAGGCCAAAUUAAACUGCUUCAUCCCGAUGACUCUCCCAUUCCAAAUGAAGUUAUCCAGUUGCACUUAAAGGACAAAAUUGUGGGCAACUACACCACAGAUACACAUGGCAUCGCUCAGUUCUCCCUGGACACGUCUAAGAUCACGCACCCUAACAUCACCUUGAAGGCCACCUACAAGGCCAAUGAGAACUGCCAGGCCCGUGGCUGGGUGCUGCCUGAAUACCCUAAACCAGAGUACUUUGUCCGCCGGUUUUACUCCAGAACCAAUAGCUUCCUAAAGAUUGUCCCCGAGAGGGAAGAACUGAGAUGCAGCCAGCAGAAGCAAGUGAGCGUGCACUAUGUCCUCCACACGGAAGACCUGGAAGAUAGAAGCUACACAGUGAGCUUCAACUACUUGGUGAUUUCAAAAGGUGUAAUCGUUCUUCAUGGGCAACAGAAAAUUGAGAUCAAGAACGGUGCCACGAAGGGCGUAUUUUCCAUUCCUGUAGAGGUCAGCUCCGAGUUGGCACCCUCUGCAGUUAUGUUGGUUUAUGGCUUGCAUCCUGGAGGAGAAAUGGUUGCAGACACCACCAGGUUCCAAAUUGAGAAAUGCUUCAAAAAUAAGGUCAGCUUAAAUUUUUCUCAAGAAAAGAGCUCCCCGGGAUCCAGCGUCAGUCUGCAGGUCUCGGCUGCUUCAAACUCUCUCUGCGCGCUCCUGGCUUUAGAUAAAAGUGUGCUUCUGCUGAGGGAUCGGCGCCAGCUGUCCGACAGUGUAUAUAAUCAGCUAUAUUACAAGGAUCUAUAUGGCUACUACUUCAGAGGACUUGACUUAGAAGAUGGCCACAAAGAGCCAUGUCUCCAGAAUGAACAAGUCCUCUAUAAAGGGAUUUAUUACACACCUAUCUGGGCUGACUUUGGAGAUGAUGCUUAUGACCUCGUGAAGGCAAUCGGAUUGAAGGUUUUCACCAACUCUCAUCUCCGGAAGCCAGUGCUGUGCAAGGAUCUCAAAUAUCAGGAAAUCUAUGACGUAGCUUCUUCAACUGAAUCCUCAAAGGUAAUAUCAGGUUCAGGUCCUGCAGCUUUGGGUGGAUAUGUACAAGAUACUCUGAGGACAUCGUUUCCUGAAACCUGGAUCUGGAAUCUGAUCACAACUGACUCCUCAGGAGUCGCCAACUUGAGUCUUACGGUUCCCGAUACCAUCACACAGUGGAAGGCCAGUGGAUUCUGCCUGAGUGACAAAGUUGGAUUUGGCAUCUCCCCAACCAUCUCCCUGACGACCUUUCAGCCCUUCUUUGUGGAAGUCACUUUACCCUACUCUGUGGUUCAAGGAGAAUCAUUUGUUCUGAAAGCCAAUGUCUUCAACUACCUCAACAGAAGUAUUCAGAUUAAUACUGAACUGAAAGCAUCUAACCUGUAUGAAGCCAGAUUUCUGUCAGUCAGUGAUGAAAAUGAUUAUACAAGGAGCAAUGAGAAAAAGUCUUUCACUUGGCUGGUUACCCCACGUAAGCUGGGUGUAAUCAACAUCACUGUCACAUCUGAAACCCUGCAGAACAGUGGUUAUCAGCAUGGGCCAUCCCAGGCUCAGGACAUUGGCUGGAGGGAUACACUGGUCAAACCAUUGUUGGUAGAGCCUGAAGGUAUUAAAAAGGAGAUGACACAGGGCUUGUUUAUUUGCACCAAUGGAUCAACAGUAUCUCAACCAGUAGAGCUCACUUUACCAGAAAAUCUGGUGAAAGACUCCCUCAGGGCCUACUGGACUGUUCUUGGAGACAUUCUCGGUUCUGCCAUGCAAAACUUACAGGAUUUCCUCCAGAUGCCUUUUGGUUGUGGGGAGCAAAAUAUGGCCCUGUUCGCUUCCAAUAUUUACAUCUUGGACUAUCUGAAUCAGACUCAACAACUGACAGAAGAGAUAAAAUCCAAGGCUGUUGGGUACCUGACCGCAGGAUAUCAGAAGCAGAUGUCUUAUAAACACCAAGAUGGAUCAUAUAGUACCUUUGGACGUAAUGAUGAGCAGAAAAAUACAUGGCUGACAGCAUUUGUGUACAAGUCAUUUGCACAAGCCAGGGGCUACAUUUAUAUUGAUGACAAAGUACAAUCGCAGACCCUCAUCUGGCUCCUAGGUGUUCAGAGGCCAGACGGUUGCUUCCCAAAUCUUGGCGAUGUCUUCAACAACGCCUUGAAGGGGGAAGACGACAGUGACAUCUCUCUCACUGCCUAUGUUGUCAAUGCCCUGCUGGAAGCCGGUCACCCAGUCUCAUUUGUGGCAGUUCAAAAGGGCCUUCAGUGCAUAGAGGCUGCGUCUCAGAAGAGCGCUUUGAGCACCUAUGACCAGGCUCUCUUGACCCGUACUUUCAGUUUAGUAGACAAUAAGGACAAAAGGGAAUUCUUCUUCAAUGAACUGAGCAAAAAGGCCAAGAAAGUAGGCGGCUCAGUGUACUGGGAACUGAAGGGGCCAUCCUCUUCCUACAACACCUGGGCGUCCUCUGCGAGCAUAGAAGUGACCAGUUAUAUUCUGCUGGCUUUCCUUUCGAAGCCAGGGCUGACUUCAGAAGAGCUAUCCUAUGCUUCACAGAUUGUACAGUGGGUGGCAAAGCAGCAGAAUUCCCGUGGCGGUUUUUCUUCCACGAAGGACACCGUUGUGGCUCUCCAAGCUCUGACGCUAUUCCAAACACUCACGUUUUCUAAAAACAGACGAAAUUCAGUGCAGAUUUUCUCUGACAGAGGGUUCAAUAGGUCCUUCCAGGUGAAUGAUGAGAACCGCUUGGUACCACUGCAAAUUUUAGUGCCAACGCCUUCAAGACAGCUCACGGUGAAAGUGAGCGGCAGUGGCUGUGUAUAUGUGCAGACGACUCUGAGAUAUAACAUCCUACUACCCAAGAAGUCAUCUGGAUUUUCCCUUUCUGCGAAUACAGCCAAUGCCAUUUGCAAAGGAUUGUCUGAUACAAAGUUUGACCUUAUUGUUUCAGCCAGUUAUCUUGGAAAACGCAACUCCUCCAACAUGGUGAUCAUUGAUGUAAAGAUGCUUUCUGGAUAUGUUCCUGACAGAUCAUCAGUAAAGAAGCUUCAAGAAGAUGGCAAAGUACAGCGAGUAGAAAUUAAAGCCACCCACAUCUUUUUUUAUCUACAGAAUGUUCCUCGAAAGGAAAUUAAGUUCUCAUUCUCUGUUGAACAAGACACACUUGUACCCAGCAACAAGCCUGCAUCCAUUCAGCUCUAUGAUUACUAUGCAACUGAUGAAUUUGCAGUAGCCGAAUACAACACUCCGUGCAAUCAGAUAUCCUCUGAAACCUUCUAGACUGGGAUAAAGGAAAUGAGAUGGAAAAGAAGACAGCACUUUGGAACUGAGCUAUGUAUUAAGUGACUCUUUCCACUGCUUCAACCAAAGCAAAGAUUUAGAAUCUCCAGGAUGCCCAGACACUCGAGUUCUCCCACCAACAACAUCCCCCUCAAACACACCACCACCAGCCUGAGGUUGCCCUCACACGCCCCAGUGGCCAGCUUCGCUUGUAAGGAGGCAUGGUGGGAGGUGCAGGGUUCAUAAGCCCAAGAGCAAAGUUUAACCUGUGAAAGGUGGAGCCCCCGGAGGACCACUCCUGCCUCAGCCUGCGGUCAGAGAGCUCCGGAGCUCUCCGUAGCGCUCCAGAUGCCUCUCAUGAUGUUCCCUGGAAAUCAGUCCCCCACUGUCUCCGAGAGCAGCCUCAGUGAUCCUUAAAUUAGCUUUUUUUUCCUUUUUUUAUGCUCUCACUUUCCUGCUCUCUCGCUAUUGUUUCCUGAAAUGAAUGAUCUACACCCAAGUCCUCACCUUACUCUUUGCUUUCGGAAGAAGGACAACAUAGCACAUCAAUCACUGAAUAAAUCACAAUUAAAUGUUUUGCUGAACAUGGAACAUUCCAAUGCACUAAUAAUUUAGUUCUGGUAGGUGUUUUGAAUAAAUUUUCUGGAAACCAUAGAAAAGUAAUACUUUCACAAUAUUUAAAUAUAAACAAAUUUAUUUUGACAAUUACUGUUGAGGAAAGAAUCUGUGUAUCUUAGCUUUCAUUUCAAAAUUAAACUUUCUUUCUCAGUAUAAAAAUAACAAAAAAAUUAACUGUUUCUCACCCCAUGUCUCAUGAUCAUUUGGAGGAUCAAUUCUGAAACUGUAUCUAUUAGCUCAAACAUUCACUAUUAUAAUUCAAUUGAGCAUAGGUAUAUAUAGUACAUAAUAUAUCUAAAAACUAUUUUAAAGUGUCUAAAAGUUUAUAUUUAUAUGUAAGUAUUAAGGUAAAAGAAUACAUAUGUGCUAUUUUUAGGCCCAAUGUGUGAGACUGUU